AUGAGGGAGCCCUUACCGCCAUUUUUCAUCGUGGUCUCUCAGGCUCCUCCUAGAGUCUCUCCACCCGAACCGGAUCCCGAACCCAUGCAGCUUGGGUCGACGGGACCUGAUGCCCUUCCGGCAUCAGGCUCAUCCUCCCGACCCAGACAACCUUUAAACAGAGGGCGCCUUUUCUCGCUCUCCGGCCCAGAAAAGGUAGCUAUGGAGGAGUAUGUGCGCGAGGCCCUUAAACAGGGGUUCAUCCGUCCUUCGUUCUCCCCAGCCGGGUCAGGGUUCUUUUUUGUGAACAAGAAGGACGGCACUUUGCGCCCGUGUCGACUACCGCGGUCUGAAUACCAUAACGAUCAAGGACCGCUGCCGCUGAUGGCCACGGCUUUCGAAGCCCUUCAGCGAGCAUCUAUUUUUACGAAGCUCGAUUUACGCAGCGCGUACAAUUUGAUCCGGAUCCGGCAGGGGGAUGAAUUGAAGACCGCGUUCAUUACGCCCACUGGCCACUAUGAGUAUCUGGUGAUGCCAUUCGGGUUAAUGAAUUCCCCCGCAGUCUUCCAGAGGUUUAUCAACGAGGUCUUGUGGGAGACUCUUGAUAAAUUCGUCUACGUUUAUAUAGACGAUAUCCUUAUCUUUAGUCGGUCCAUCGACGAGCAAAUAGGGCAUGUCCGACGGGUUCUCCAGCUUUUGCUCGAUCACCAUUUGUUCGUCAAGCUGGAGAAGUCUGUCUUUCACUCCCCCACGGUUUCGUUCCUGGGGUUCGUAGUGUCAGAGGGCACCCUUCGCAUGGACCCGGCUAAAGUUGUUGCUGUGGAGAAGUGGCCAACUCCAAGUUCUGUACGCCAGAUGCAAAGAUCGGUGUGCUUCAGCUACUGCGACCGGCACUUUUAUCCAUUUGGAGCUGGAGACACAGUCAAUCCACGAAUGGAUGAUGGAAGUUCACUUGCUAUUGCUCUUCAACGACCGUUUACAUUCUUUGGAAAAUCCCACAACAUAAUGUAUGUAAACAACAAUGGACACCUGACCUUUAUUCAGCCGUGGUCCAGCUACAGUCCGUACCAGUUUCCUGGAUAUGGUGGAAUCGACCUCAUUGCUCCAUUUUGGACAGACCUUGACAAUCGUGAAAAUGGCGUCGUCUCAUAUCAGCAGUACACAUCAGGCGACGUUCUCACUCGAGCUACCCGAGACAUCAAUCAGUACUUUCCAGGGCUGAGCUUCAACGCUACUUGGGUCUUUGUUGCAACAUGGAAUAAAGUAGCUUACUACCCAACCAGUCGAACUGAAACGUCUUUCCAAGCAGUUUUGAUUUCUAACGGAGCUCGAUCAUUCAUAUUGAUGAACUAUGGUGAGAUUGCUCCAACAAACCGAUCUGUACAGGCUGGUUAUGACACAGAAGACUCCAGCUUCUACUUCUUAAUCCCUGGGUCACUUCAAUAUAACUACACCGUUUUUACAUACAGCAGCAAUGUGAAUGUCUCGGGCAGAUGGGCCUUCCAUGUGGAUCAAGGAUCAAGAGGAUGCCAAUUUAACAACGACACUGUGCCUCGGAACGUCUCAUUCUGGACUGAUGCCACCUGCCAGGAAAGAUGCACCUGCACCCGGUCGGGUCUCCAGUGCAGCUCAGCGCCGUGCAGCUUCUCUCAAGCCUGCCGUCCUGAUGCUCUUCAGUAUAGCUGCAAAAAUAUCCCACGCCAAACCUGCACCAUAGCUGGUGACCCUCACUACUACACCUUCGAUGGUCAAGUCUUUCACUUUCAAGGAACCUGCACCUACGUCCUCUCUGAGGCUUGUGGUGUUGGACUGCCGUACUAUCGCAUUGAAGGAAAGAACGAACAUCGGGGUAGCACACAUGUGUCAUGGACACGCCUGGUCAGGGUAUUUGUGUACAACGAAGUACUGGAACUGGUACGAGACCAUCGAUAUGAGGCCAUGGUGAACGGAACCUUCACAACAACACCAUUCAGCCUCCACAGCGGCGCCAUUCAAGUCUACCAGUCUGGUUUCUCUGUAGUUAUCAGUACAGCUUUCGGCCUGGUUGUUACAUAUGAUGCCUAUUCCUAUGUGACCAUCAGUGUGCCUUAUGAAUACCAAAAUGGCACAUGUGGCCUGUGUGGCAACUUCAACUACCGCUCAGAAGAUGACUUCCGCACACCUUCAGGAGAGAUCUUGAGCUCAGAUGUGGAGUUUGCAAACUCCUGGAAGGUAAAUGGGGACACAGAUGAAACCUGUCAGUCUCCACAGUGCUCGGGUCUGGAUUGUGUCUGUACCGUAGAUCAGAGAAACCUUUAUAGUAACGCAGACAGUUGUGGCAUCCUGAUGGAUGCUAGUGGUCCAUUUGCCAACUGCCACUCAGUGGUGUCACCCGGGAUCUUCAUGGAGAACUGUGUCUAUGAUCUGUGUGUGACUGGUGGAUACCAGCCAACCUUGUGCCAGGCACUCAAUGUGUAUGCAGCCCAAUGUCAGCAGCAUGGCGUACAACUUGGAUACUGGAGGAGAGAAGGAUUCUGUGAAAUCCCAUGCCCUGCAAACAGUCACUUUGAGUCCCAGGGAACAAGCUGCCCAGCAACCUGCAGUGACCCUUCUGCACCUGCCAACUGCCCCCUGCAAAAUCGGGAGAGCUGCAUCUGUGAUCCAGGAUAUGUUCUCAGUGCUGGAGAGUGUGUUCCACAAAGCAGCUGUGGCUGCACAUUCGAAGGUCUCUACUAUGCUGAUGGUCAGUCAGUGGUUUUAGACCAGGACUGUGGCAGACAAUGCACUUGCAGCAACAUGGUAAUGAGCUGCCAACCCUACCAGUGUGGUCCACAGAAAAUGUGUGGUCUCCAUAAUGGUGUAAGAGGCUGCAGACCCAUCGGUUAUUCCACCUGUUUGGUUGAAGGACUAGGCACAUAUCACACCUUUGAUGGACGAAUGUUCAGUUAUCCAGGAGCCUGUGAACUCGUCCUUUCAAGAGUAAUGGGACCAGUGUCACAACCUCAUUUUGUAGUGACAGUAAAGAAGGUGCCCACAGUCUCUCAGGACUUUUCUAGGGUGCUGAGGUUUGAGGCACAGGGAUCUCAGGUCUCUGUAGAGAUGAAAGAAGGAGGAAAGGCACAGGUUGAUGGUCAGGAGAUUGCACUACCAUUCAGUGUUGGCUCAGGCCAAAUCCUUAUCUACCACAGCAGUGUGAAGGGCGUCAUUAUCGAAACGUCAUUUGGGGUGACCGUGAGAGCUGACUGGCCACACCUAAUCCGAAUCACUGCACCCACCACCUAUACUGGGAUUCUUGGUGGUCUUUGUGGGAAUCUGAAUGGAAACCCUGAAGAUGAGUUCUACAGCCCAGUUGGAGAAUUUCUGAAUGAUACACAACAGUUUGGGAAUAGCUGGCGAGAUGGGUCACUUUCUGCCCACUGUGUGCAGUCCGAUAAUAACUGGGAGCAGGGGUAUUAUCAGAAUAGCAGUCAGUUCGACCAGCACUGCAGCAUCUUGGCUUCACCCGAUGGACCCUUUGCUCAGUGUCACAGCAGUCUGGAGACACAGGACUGGAUUGAGGAGUGCACCCAUUAUUUGGAACAGACAGGGGGUGCUCGAGAGGCCCUGUGUGAAGCCUUGAGGGGUUAUGCUGUACUUUGCCAGCAAAGCGGUAUCAGUGUAGGAGAAUGGAGAAGCAUCACUAACUGUGAAUUCCCCUGCCCUGCAAAUAGCCACUAUGAGGCGUGUGGUACAUCCUGCCCUGCAGCUUGCCCCAGUCUAUCUUUCCCUUUUCUGUGCACCCAACAUUGCCAGGAAGGAUGCCAGUGUGAUGAUGGUCUACUGCUUAGUGGAGACCAGUGUGUUCCUCCAGUGGGCUGUGGCUGCCUUCACGAGGGUCGCUACAGGCAGGGUGGGGAGCGCUUCUGGUCGGGAGAACAGUGCCAGUCCUUCUGUGAGUGUAGUGGUACCACAGGUUACGUCACCUGUAGCCCAUCGUCUUGCAAUAAGUAUGAAACAUGCAGCAUCGUUAAAGGAGAAUAUGGCUGCCAUCCUCGACCCUAUGCCACAUGCUAUGCUUCAGGGGACCCCCACUACACCUCUUUUGAUGGACUAAGGUUCAACUUCCAAGGCACAUGCAGAUACACACUGGCGAGUGUGUGUAAUGAUAAUCAGGGGCUACCGUAUUUUGAAGUCAUCGGACGAAAUGAACCAUGGUUUGGCCUCCCAGUGUCAAUCACUGUUGAGGUUUCAGUCAAUGUUUCAGGCCAUCUGGUUCUCCUCUCACAGAACGCGUACGGGACAGCUAACAUUGACGGUGUCACCAGGAACCUCCCUGUCCUGCUAGAUUUUGGCAGGGUGUCUGUUUACUCCAGUGGACCGUACACAUAUGUUACAACUGACUUUGGAUUCACUGUGAGUUAUGAUGGUUCCUACAUGGCGACCAUCACUGUACUAGGAAAUUACAGUGGAGCAACAUGUGGCCUGUGUGGUAACUUCAAUAAUGAUCGAAAAGAUGAUUUCCUAACUCCUUCUGGAGAGCUGGCUUCCUCAGCUACAGAGUUUGGAGCCAGUUGGAAUGUUGAGAACGACACAACAUGCCACCACGGAGGAGAAGAUCCUACAUCUUGUUCAGACCAAGCUAGGGCAGAGGCUUUGUGUGGGAUCCUUAGAGACUCUGGGGGUCCAUUGAGCUUCUGUCAUGCCUACGUGGAUCCUCAGGCCCACUUUGAUAAUUGUGUCUUCGAUGUCUGCAUCUCUGACUUCAGUAAUGACGUACUGUGUCGUUCCAUUGAAACCUACGUUAGUACCUGCCAAUCUGCCAACGUUGUGAUUUUGCCCUGGAGAGUGAACACCACCUGUCCUUUAUACUGUCCCGACAACAGCCACUACGAACUGUGUGGUACAGACUGUGGGCAUACCUGUGCCAGCAGUGUAGAUGCCAUAUGUGAUAGGACCUGUACAGAGGGUUGCUUCUGUAAUGAAGGCUUUGUGAGAAGUGGAGGCCUCUGUGAGCCGGUGGAGCAGUGUGGUUGCUUGUAUGAUGGAUUCUAUUUUUAUAUCGGUGAGAAGUUCUGGACUCAGGAAUGCUCCCAGCAUUGUGAAUGCUUUGCCUCCAAUGACCUGCGCUGCAUCUCCACCUCUUGCAGCCCCACCCAGGAAUGUGCGAUCCGGAAUGGCAGACUUGGUUGCUACAGCCAAAUGUCCUCCUGCAUGGUCACGGGUGAUCCCCAUUACUACACCUUUGAUGGAGCUGUAGCACACUCUCAGGGCACGUGUUCAUAUGAGAUUUCUCAGACCUGUGGGUAUGUGGCUGCCAAUGGCCUACAAUUCCGUGUGGUGGCGACCAACAUGCACCGUGGAAGCACCGUCGUGUCCUUCGUAUCUGCAGUGGAUGUGUGGCUGAACUAUCUAGGAGAGCAGAAACACAUCACCCUUGGACUAAACCACAACGUGAAGGUUGAUGGGAAUCACACGGACUCACUUCCUGUUCAGCUUGGCCAAAUUGCAGAGAUCUACCAAGAGCAGAACUUUGUGGUCGUGAAUGCAUCAAGUGAGCUCAUGGUCUACUUCGAUGGCAGUAUGACACUUGUGGUAAAACUGGGCCCCAGCUACCGUGGAUCAGUCUGUGGAAUGUGUGGCAACAAUAAUCGGGAUCCUGCAGAUGACAAGACCAUGCCCAAUGGAACAUUUGCACCCAACGAUAACGACUUUGGCAACAGCUGGAGAUCAGACACCAGCAGCCCAGGAUGUGGUGCCAAUGACCAGACCAGGGAUUCUGAAGACUGCCCCUUCAGACAAGAGUAUUCUGAUCUCUGUAGCAUCAUCACCAACACCAGUGGACCCUUCCAGCAGUGCCAUCAGUACAUCAACCCUAAAACCUACUACACUUCAUGUGUGUAUGACCUGUGUGCUUACUCGGGCAGAGACAUGCUCUGUCCAUCAGUGGAGGCUUAUGAGAUCGCUUGCACCAUGAUGGAACUCCAGAUACCAGACUGGCGCACUGAGCUAUCAUGCCCGACGGUGGACCCCUGUGAGGAGCUGCACUGCACUGAGAAUGAAUGGUGUGGGGAGAGAAAUGGCGCCUUUGGCUGCUUCUGUAAUGAGAACAGUCCUAAAACAAACCCAGAGACCUAUGACUCUUCAGAGAUUUGUGAGAGCAGUACCGGCACCGUGUCUCUGUCCCGCUGUCAGCUAUUCGAAGCUGGUUUUAUGGCAAACAGCCUUCACAUGAGUGACCCCAGCUGCAUGGGAACGAUCCAAGAUGGCAGACUGGUGUUCCAUUUUGAUAAUGACGACCACAUCUGUGGCACGAAUCUCACGGCCAAUGGCACCCACUUCAUCUAUGAGAACGUUAUCCAGGGGGAAAUGAACUCAACAACAACCACCGUUAUCAGAAACAAAGUACUGGAGCUGCGCUUCGCCUGCAUCUACCAGCUCAGUCAGACAAUCACCAUGGACACAGAGUUAAAUCCCAUCCUGAGCAUUGUGCGGAAGACUCUUCCAGCCGGAGAGGGCAUGUACCAGGUCAGGAUGAUACCUUACCAGGACGCCGCUUUCUCCCACCCCUACAACGGUAGUGUGGACAUAGAGGUGGACCAGCGGAUCUACAUUGAGGUCUAUGUUCAGGGGGUGGACAGCAGGCAGAUAGCCACAGUGAUGGAUUCAUGCUGGGCCACUCCUACGAAUGAUGUGAAUGAUACCGUCCGCUGGGAUCUCAUCACUAACAAGUGUCCCAAUCCAGAGGAUAACACAGUAGAAAUGAUUGAGAACGGCGUCUCCAAAACUGGACGUUUCUCCUUCAGGAUGUUCGCCUUCUACAGCAACUACGCCAAGGUUUUCCUCCACUGCCGUGUUCAUCUUUGUCUUAGGCGGGACAACUGUAAAGUGCAAUGCAACUCCAGACAUCAUCUCCCUCACCACAGAGCUGGUAGAUCAGUGGACGCCCAUGACAUCGCCUCCAUCUCCAUGGGGCCUUUUAUCCGUGCUGUCUGAAGUACAGGUGAACAGGUUCUAAAGGUAAUAAAGGAGAAUUUGAUAAUCUAGAUGCUCCUCUGAAGAUUUGACA